AAAGUUAUCAACUUUAUUUUAUUCACAGUGAUUUAUAAAAAAUAUAUAAUAAUAAUAUACAAAGAAACAGCUAUUUAUAUGAAUAACAAUAACCGUCACCACGUAGACUAUACAUUAGACACUGUAUAGCCAUCAUACUAAGACUAUACAUAAAUAAUAUAAAUCUUACGUUACGGAUGUUUUUUCGGGUUAGGGUACCCCUCCGCAUCGUCCCAUAAGGAACUUCGUUCCAAAAACACCUAUUUAGCAACAGAAGCUUCGAAUUGCGAACUGCCUUAGAAAAUUCAAGUGAGAGGUUUAUAUCUUAAUGCUUACAUUAGCGCGGAUGUAUCUAUUUUUGCCGCAUGCCGUAGUAUAUACUGUGUUGCGACCGAUACGCGCAUGGCCACUCGCUCGCUCCGUAUCGUUUCUGUGAUUCCGCGAGUUCAGUCGGCCUAACGCAGCCCGGAGCGCGGCCGCGCGCCGCCAUAUUUAAAUUAGGUACAUUCAUUACGAACGCGGACAAACAUUCGAUCGGCGAUCGUGUUUACGGGAAUAGUGACGUUUUUUUUUUCAUAUAAUUAUUUAAUUAAGAAAGAAAUAAAUCUAAAAUGAGACGCAACAUUAAGAUAUUGGUGCUCGUUGGAGCUGUUUGGAUGUUUUUCUUAUUUUACUACAUGCAACCUGACACGCCACAAGUAAAGGAAGAAAACAUAGCAUUAAGACUAAUAAAACAGCACUCUGACGUGGACGAACCUGAAAGUAGUCCAGCAUCGCCGGAGAUAACGUACGAACCCGGGAGCACUAGGAAAGCUUAUUUCGAUGAGCUGGGCUAUGUUGCCGGAGGAUCGAAAGACUCUGAUCCCUACAUCAAGAACAGAUUCAAUCAGGCCGCAUCCGAUAAUCUGCCCAGUAAUCGAGUUAUACCGGACACGAGAAAUCCUAUGUGCCGUCUCAAGAAAUACGAUGAAGAUCUUCCGGAGACCAGCGUCAUUAUCACCUUCCACAACGAAGCAAGGUCUACAUUACUCAGAACCAUCGUCAGCGUUCUGAACAGAAGUCCCGAACGGCUCAUCAAAGAAAUUAUACUGGUUGACGACUUCAGUGAUAACCCGGAAGACGGAGCAGCAUUACGAUCGAUAAGAAAGGUCCGCGUAAUCCGCAACACAAAACGAGAGGGUCUGAUGAGGUCCAGGGUUCGAGGAGCUGACGCCGCAACUGCUCCGGUCCUCACCUUCUUGGACUCUCAUGUAGAAUGCAACGUACAUUGGCUGGAACCUUUGCUGCAAAGGAUUAAAGACGACCCAACCCGCGUCGUGUGUCCAGUUAUAGACGUGAUCAGCAUGGACACCUUCCAAUACAUCGGAGCGUCGGCGGACCUGCGAGGCGGUUUUGACUGGAACUUAGUCUUCAAGUGGGAAUACUUAUCGCAUACGGAACGUAGCGCCCGUCUCACUGAUCCCACUCAAGUAAUCAGGACCCCUAUGAUAGCUGGUGGACUAUUCAGCAUGGACCGACUUUACUUCAACAAACUCGGGAAAUACGAUAUGAAAAUGGACGUGUGGGGAGGAGAGAACUUGGAAAUUUCAUUCAGAGUUUGGCAAUGCGGAGGCUCCCUCGAAAUCGUGCCUUGUUCCCGUGUGGGUCAUGUCUUCAGGAAACGCCAUCCGUAUACAUUCCCCGGCGGCUCCGGGGCGGUAUUCGCGAGGAAUACCAGAAGGGCGGCCGAAGUCUGGAUGGACGAUUACAAAGAACUAUACUAUAGAUCUCAACCACUCGCGAAGCAAGUCGACUUUGGAGACAUAUCCGAGCGCGUCACUUUACGCGACAAACUACACUGCAAGCCGUUUCGUUGGUACUUACAACACGUGUACCCUGAACUCAAAAUACCAGCCCAAUUAGGGGGACCCCAUCCUAUAAAACAAGGAAUAAGAUGCCUAGACACCAUGGGACAUCUGGUCGACGGGACAAUAGGAAUGUAUCCUUGCCAUUACACGGGAGGCAAUCAGGGGUGGCUCUUCGAAAACGGCCUCAUCCGGCAUCACAGUCUCUGCGUCUCCUUGUCCAACGAGGAUCGUGUCACGGCAGUAUUAGCACCCUGCGACCCUUCGGACGACGCCCAGCUCUGGACACGGAAGGGUCAACUCAUAAGACACGAGAAACUGGACGCGUGCUUAGACACGGAACGCACUGAUCUACAUCUAGAACAAUGCGACGAAGACAAACCGAGUCAGCAAUUCACCUUUUAAACUCAACUGAUCCAAGUAUUUAAUUGGUUUUAUAUUUGACGUGUAAUGAAUGACGUUACUUGUAGGAGAUUAGAUUUAGGAAUCAGAUUUUCGGAUAGACGUGAAUGAUUUAUUACAAAUUAGUUUUAGGCUUCAGUUAAUACAUGAGAUAGGACAAUGUUAAAUCGAGUUAUAAGCAAUAAAUAUAUUUAAAAAAGAUAGAGCUAUGAUUGUCUAAGCACAUACAAAAGUACUUAGUGAUCUUGAAAUAAUAAAACGUAAAACAUUAACGUGAUAGUUGGGAAAUUUUAAAUAUUUCGGCUAUUAAAAAAUAAAUCUAUAAAACAUAUUAAUCCGGUUAAUCGAGAUGUAGUACCACAAGUAAUUAUUAACAAAUAUAUAUAUUAAAAACAAUUAAUUCACGGAAGGAUUUCUAUUGUAAAACUACUGUCUACAUGAAUUGCUAUUUAUGUGUUUACACUUUUAUAUCGCGUACUUAAAAUUAUUGUAUAGGUGCUCUUAGAUCGUAUAAUAUAAAUAGGCGCCGUAUCUAAAACAAUUUGAAGGCGCCCUUUGAUUUCUUGUUUGUGAGAAUCAUAAUUACGUGAAACAUAUUUUUGUCUCGAAUUCAAAAUCAGUUUAAAACAUUCUUAAAGUCAACAACAUAUUGAAAUCGCAAGCGUGGUUUUUGUGUCGAUUAAUUAAUUUUUCAUGGAAUUUUUUAUUUCAUGAUAAUAUGCUCUUUUUCAACUGGUAGUAAAUAUGAAUAAAUCAUUUAUAACAUCACAAUAUCGUAAUGUGAUGCAUGACAUAGCUACAAUUCUAUUCGUGAACGGGGCUUGAACAUAAGCGACAGUUAAAGACUGCUAGUAAUUAUGAUUUGAACAAACCGUACUAAGUAGACACUUUUAGCGUUAAGAAUUGUACAUUCCAUUUUAGUUGUGAGAUAAACAAAUUUUAAAACUAUUUUUAGUCUGCAUUAGAAUGUAAUCUUCAGAAAUUUCUAUUGACUAUAAACAAAAUAAUUUCAUAUCGAAAUAACUAAUCUAAUUUAAGAUGUUCUAGAAUUUUCACAAGACGUAAACGUGAUUGAGAACCACUUUUACGGUUUUAGCUCGUGUUUUAGUUUUGGUAAAUUUUCAACAUUUUCAAGGCGUUUUUACAGUUUUGCUGGUCACGUAAGGACUGCGUGACGACCAGUGUACAAUUUCCAAAAACAUUCAAAAUUAAGUUAAUAUGCGGAAUCAUUUAGUAUCACCAGUAUUUUUCUCAUAAAUACUGUCAAAAGAGCGUCGUUUAGUUUUUUUAUUAGUUUACCUAUAUUUAGACUACUAUUAACAAAAUUAAUACAUCAUUUAUCUUACUUUAAAAGACAGAUAAUGUAUCAAUGUGCAAAGAUGAUUAACAUUAAAAAUAUCACAUGUUAAACUUUUAAAACACUCUCCUGUAAAAUUAGUAAGUUUUGAGAUUAUACCGUUUUAAUGCGAGAAGACGAUACGUUAGAUGACACUUAGAGAAAUUAUUGUUACCAUUAACCUAAGUAUUGAUAAGUGCCGGGAUAGUGGAAUGCGGAUUUUAUGUAAAUACAAAUAUGUAUAAAUGUAAUAGUACCUAUGUAGCUCUAUAUACAUAUUUUACAAUAAGUUUUUACGUGUGCUUUUUACUAAUCAAUUCAGAACAAACUAAAGCUCUUAUUUGUUGUUUGUCGAGUGUUUAGUUUUUUUUUUUAUUGCCUUUAUAGGCAGACGAGCAUACGGCCCACCUGAUGGUAAGUGGUCACCGUCGCUCAUGGACGUCAGCAAUGCCAGGGGCAGAGCCAAGCCGCUGCUUGCAAGCUUGAGAUAUCCAUUCGACUUUUUUAAAGACUCUUAUUGCAAAUAUUGUUAGAAAGAAUGCACGUAAAUAUUUUUUACUUUGGUCUUUGGCAAAAUUUUAGUAGUGUAAACAAAACAAGCGUAAAGUUUUUUGUUUACUGUGUAGAUAUGUGAUCGAGCUCAAGUCUCAUCUGGUGUUAAGCUAUUACCGAAGCCCGUGGGUAUCACAAUGUGAAUACUGUCGUCACACACCUCGACACGUGAUAUCGAAUUUCUCAAUUUUAUUAUUUAGGUAACGGCUUUCCCACCCUCCUGUCGAUCCUUGAGUCGCCUUUACGACACUCAGAAGAAAGGAGUGGUGUUAUCCUAGGACGACGCCUCACGGCCGACGCCUUUAAAAAAUAUAGUAAAAAAAAAAGACGGACGCAUUCAAUCAAAUAAAUUUGUCAAAUAUUUUGUAUUGUUCCUAAAUCUUCCAUUUUUUGUGGCUGAACUGUAAGUAGUACAUUAAGCUACAAUAAAUAUGAUAUAAGCACUCGGUACAGCUUACGAAUAUACAUAUGGUGUAUGUCAGUUUAUAAACUACAUCUUAAGGCGUUACCUCGAAAUUUCCUCGACCCUCGUCUCCGUCGAGGAUACUUUAAAAAUAAUCUCAAUUAAUUGUCAAAUUAGAAAUUUUGACUAAAAUCCUGUAGUGAGAUUGAGUGGUUCUCAGAGAUGAAAUAUACUGAAAAUAGAAAUAUAUUAAAAUAUAUUAUGUAUUUGAAAAACUCAAACUGCACUAUAAGAAAAAUUAUUACUGGAUGCUGAUUUUGGUUGUGCAAUUUGAAGGCGACGUGGAUACCUCUUACAAAAUAAAACGCUGUUUGUAAAAAAAAUGGCGAACGUGCGUGAAAGAAGUGAAACUUCUUUAGCGCUAUGUGUGGUUUUCUUCAUUUUUCAUCCUUAAAUCAAUUUUCUCUAGUAAUAGCGAAUGUUGUGUAUAAGAGAAACGACCUAGCUCGCUUUGUCCUUUCCCUCUCUCCAUGGUCGAGUGGUUCGCGAGACGCUCUGUCUAUUUUCUCACUCUCGCUCUUCCUAAAUUGUAUCUCUUCUCUCAAGCCGUUAAAUUUUACUCUGAACGCGAGUUAAAUUUUACCCUCAACGCACCUAAAGAAGUUUCACUUCAAAAAGUAUCGACUGUCUACAAUAUUAUUUCUACGUUUUUGUAAAUCCAAAAGGGUUCGAGGCAACGUCUUUAGCUACGAGUGUUACUUUAUAUACGUACUUAGCUUACACAAACCAGUGGUAGACAUUAGAAUCCUCAUUUACCUUAGAGUACAAACUGAUGCAUCACAAAAUUAUAACGUAAUUAGAUUUUAGCGGAAAAUGUUAUGUAAAUCUCAGUUCGUGUAUACUUUUAGUAAUGUAUAGAUAUUAUUUUAAUACUCGUUAUUUUGUAGCAAUAUUUUAUUUUUAUACAAAUGUUUACGUUCUUAAGUUUUUAUUUUUAUUUUUAUAUUUAUGUUUAUUUCUUGUUUUAUUGUUGCUUUUACAUCAAAAACGUUAUUAGAAUAGUUACCUGGUUUUUCAAAUUUCUUCACCACAUCAGACUCAAACUAGAAACUGCUUUUUUUCUGUUCGUGAACAUGUAUCAAGUAUAUACAUAUUAUUAUUACUUCAGAUUACUGCAAACAUUUCAAAAAUAUCUGUUCAUCUUUUCUAAUAUCUUAUGCCCAAACUAGACAAAAAUAAUGUAAUUGAGUUCCAAUUUAGAAUCUUGCCAGUCCCUCAAAUUAUCUUAGGCCAAAAAGUAGCCUUACUUUUACGAAAAUGCGCAUUAGCGCACCUUUUACUACACAAUUUGCUUAAUAAAAUACACGUAUUUAUUUGUAAUACAGAUAUUUUACUAAACUCUUUUGUGGAGUGAAUGUAAUUUCUAAUGAAAACCUAAGGUACUAUUUUUUUAAGCUAAUACAUUCCUUCUUAAUUGUUUUGUAAUGAACUAAAAUAAGAGACUGCUUUUUUAUGUUGUUAAUAAGGACUUAACUUUUAAACUUUAUCCUGAGUUUUGUGCACUUCAUAAAACAAGUGGGUAGAUUUUAAUUUUUAUCUUAUUAAGCCUAAUGAGAUUUACGUACGUGACUUGUUCUAGGUGAACAUUAUAUAAGAUCAAGUUCUAAAUAUUUAUUGCCCUUGUGGGCAAACGAGCAUACGGAUGAUGAGGGAUCACCAUCGCUCAAGGACAUCAGCAACGCCACCGGCAAAGCCAAAUGCUUAUCGUAGUGUUCUAGCAUAUUAUUAACUAUAAUGCGCGCUUCAUAAAAAAAAAAUAACUCUGGUACAAUUGUCGGUUUCUAUCUUUCAUUGCCUAUAGACGCAAAAGAGUUCAGGGCUUAUCUUGUAACCGGUCACCGAGGUUAACGCAUAUCGGCAAUGCCAGAUCCUACUAUCACGCUGUGACUCCUUUCAAACCACGUUUGAGCAAGGACUAUCACAGCUAUGGGAAAGAAGAGUUAAUUUCGGCCCCAGCCUAAUUGAAGAAGUUAAAAUUCUCUCUGGAUCUUUCCAUAAAACACACUUAGACUCGCACUUAGCAAAUAUUAAGUAUAUAAUAGUAAACUAAACUGUUGAAUUUAACAUUUUGUAAAUUUAGUAGUUGUAUAAUUCAUAUCUUAGAAGUGUUUUAGGGGAUGAUGCAAUUUAAAGUUUUCCGGAAAAAAAAUAUCGUAAAAUUAUAACUUAUCGAAAUUAUAGACGAACAGAUCAUGUAGAUGAUUAUAGUAGAAUUAUUUUGUCCGUGCAGUUUGGAUCAUAAAAAAUCGGAGCGGUGAAGCUAAUAUUUCGCUCUCUCUUCCACUCACGAGCCUUAUGGACGGGCAUAGUGAUGCGCAUUAUUGUUUUGUCGAUAAGCGUUAUCGAUAGCGUAUUUAGUUUUUUCAUUUUGUGGGUUAGUGAUAAAAAUGAAAGAAAAUAUCACUAAUCGAACACUUAAACCACAUAUCGCCGCAGCAAGUUAACGAGAACGGCAGAAAUUAACACUUUGUAACUUUUCGGGAUCUAUUCUUAUUUCAGUGAAAAUUUUUAACACAUUGUUGAUAACAACACGUUUAAAUAUUAUUUUGAAUAAAUUCUGCCGUUUUGAUACAAAACAAAGGAGUAGCCAUUGUGUUACUAAAAAAAUUCAGAAAACGAAUGCAUAAAAACACAUUUCUCUUCGACAUAAUGUACUAUAAUUUGCAGGUAAGUACAAAUGACUCUUAACUUAUCAAUGUCUCACCACCCUUCGUAUACCACCCCGCCGCCGUGUAUCUGCUUUCGAUGACUCAUUUGUUUUUAUCGAUAAUGGCGUUGCGCCCGCGCAACAUGCUCACCGCCCUAGCCGGGCUAUGUUUUAUGACCCAAACUGCACGGACAAAAUAAUUCUACUAUAGUUGACUAUUGUAUUAAAUUUUUUUUAUCAAAGUUUUAUGUCUGGUGUUAUUCGAUAAUACAUUUCUUUACAUUAAGUGGCGUAUUGACUUCCUAGUCAAAUUUUUUUUUGUUUCUUUUAUAAGAAAAUUGUGUGAUCUUAUUUGAAUAAGCGAUAACGAAUACUGCAUACCUAAAUAAAAGACGUUUUUAUUAUUA